CCGCCGCCCCAGUACCCGCCCCUCGCGCCCUCGUUUAUUCCUCGGCGCGCAAGGACCGGCUGCUUCUUCGCCAGAACCACCCGAUUGCUUGCUGUCCCAGCGGAGCGUCUUUGUCACCGCCGCCAUGCCCGGAGGUCUGCUUCUGGGGGACGAGGCUCCCAACUUUGAGGCCAAUACGACCGUCGGCCGCAUCCGUUUCCACGACUUUCUGGGAGACUCAUGGGGCAUUCUCUUCUCCCACCCUCGGGACUUUACCCCAGUGUGCACCACAGAGCUUGGCAGAGCUGCAAAGCUGGCACCAGAAUUUGCCAAGAGGAAUGUUAAGUUGAUUGCCCUUUCAAUAGACAGUGUUGAGGACCAUCUUGCCUGGAGCAAGGAUAUCAAUGCUUACAAUUGUGAAGAGCCCACAGAAAAGUUACCUUUUCCCAUCAUCGAUGAUAAGAAUCGGGACCUUGCCAUCCUGUUGGGCAUGCUGGAUCCAGCAGAGAAGGAUGAAAAGGGCAUGCCUGUGACAGCUCGUGUGGUGUUUGUUUUUGGUCCUGAUAAGAAGCUGAAGCUGUCUAUCCUCUACCCAGCUACCACUGGCAGGAACUUUGAUGAGAUUCUCAGGGUGGUCAUCUCUCUCCAGCUGACGGCAGAAAAAAGGGUUGCCACCCCAGUUGAUUGGAAGGAUGGGGAUAGUGUGAUGGUCCUUCCAACCAUCCCUGAAGAAGAAGCCAAAAAACUUUUCCCGAAAGGAGUCUUCACCAAAGAGCUCCCAUCUGGCAAGAAAUAUCUCCGCUACACACCCCAGCCUUAAGUCUCUUGGAGAAGUUAGUGCUGUGAGCCAGAGGAUGGCAGCUGCCAAUCAUGUUUUCCUGCAGCAAUUCCAUAAACACAUCCUGGUGUCAUCACAGCCAAGGUUUUUAGGUUGCUAUAGCAAUGGCUUAUUAAAUGAAAAUGGCACUAAAAGUUUCUUGGGAUUCUUUACUCUCUGCCUUCACCAGCAAUCAAUUCCGUUCAUACAUCAGCACUCUACUGGUUCUGUUUGAAAUAUGUUCUGUAUUUAAAACUCAAAUCUUGUUGGAUCUCUGCAGGGCUUGUGACCAAUGAGGUCAUAUUGGUUGAUGGUUGAGAAGGCUUGCUUCACUCUGCAUCAGAGAAUGACUAUCAAUUUUUUUUUAACUAUCCUAUCAUGUCCUCUCUUCUGUCACCCAUUUUGAAGAGCGGCAGAACUUGAGGUUCAGUUUCCUCUGUAAAUAUCCAAGUAUAUAAAACCCAGGAACUUCUAGAAUAACCCAGAUGUGCUUUAAUAUUCUUUUAAUAUGUUUUGAUCACAGCUGGGGGAAAAAACCUUUUUAAUUCUGUACCUUUCUAGUAGAUAAGUGAAGAGCAGGGGAAGAGACCUUUAAAUAUAUUGCUAUAAAAAUGUGUGAUAAGUUUCUAUCAAAAUGGGGAGAUUGCAGAAAAGGCUUCCCUUGGCUCCCAAGGAUGUGUAGCAGGUGUGAGCAAUGCUCAUGCCAUGUGCCUUUCACACAGGGUUUGCCUUUAUCAGUCUGCUUUCCGAUGAUAUGUACAUGAAAGAGUACACUAUGUGAAGAGAAGAGAGAAUGAUUGAAAAUGUUUUAUUAUAGAACUCUUGCAGUGAGUUGCUGUUUUCUAGAUUUUACUUUUUAGGGAACAAAAUAAAAUCCUUUGUUAAAACUGGG